UUUAUUUCAAAUCUGUUGUGAUCACCUUAACGCAAGUCUCGAAAACAUUGAACUUAAAUGCAAUAAAUGCAAAAAUCCAUUUCGAUUCCUCCAACUCUCAUUAAUUAAACUUAUUUACUUAGCAUCAACAAAUGGCUGCAUUAAUAGAGUCGGACCCUACCGGCUCUAUAUCCGUGUCAUUAGACGGAAUGUCAACGUCAAAUGAAAGUGGUGACGAUGAUGACGAUGACGAUGACGACGAUGAGACCACUACAGGGAGUGGAGGAGACAGUACUAUGAAUGUGGGCGAACCGGCAUUGGAUGAAGCCACGUCAUCUGUUCAACGUCAACCCAGUCCAUUCGGCUCGAAAAUUAGCGCGGAAAGCACUGGCAGGGAGACUCGGGCGGCUAGACGUGGAAAUCGAACAGAGCCAAGUAUCCCGAUCACCUUAAAAACUAGUUUCCGUGCUGUUCGAGGUGGACGCGAUAAGGAGCCAGAUGGUGACAAAAAAUGAUUGAUUGUGUGUGAUCGAUUGAUCGAGUGUGAUUGGAUUGGUGGAAAGUUUUUUUUUUUUUAAUU